AUGUUCGCCAAACUCUCCGCUUUGACCUCCAUCGUUCUCGCCGCGUCGACGCUCGUACGGGCUGACGUUGUGCCCAGUGAGCCAGGCCCAGGUGCAGUCUACACCGCUGGCGAAACUUGCACCGUGUCCUGGGAUGGCGACAGGGAAUCCGACACUCUCUGGAAGGACAUGUCCAUCCAGUUCAUGACCGGUAGCAACUAUGAUAUGGUCCACAUCGAUACCAUCGCCUCCGACCUCGACGGAACUGUCUCUGGUCGCUUCAGCUGGCCAUGCCCCGAGGUCGAUCCCUAUGCCACCAUCUACUUCUACCAAUUCACGAGCCCUCACACGUCCACGAAGACCUGGACUACGCGUUUCACCAUCACGUCUCCUGACGGCGAAACCGUAGAGCCAGAGUUCCCGGAACAGCCAGGCACAGGUGAUGCUAUCCCUUGGGGCAUUGGUAACCUCGUCGACCCCUCCGGUGCGCGCCCUCCCCCAGUCAUUGGCUCAGACGACUCGGAUUCGGAGGAGUCGGCUAGUGCUGGGGCUAGGCCCACCGCCAGUUCUAACGACUCGGACGACGAUGAUGCCGAGGACGACGACAACGACGAUGACGACGCUGUCUCUACUCCUGCUGCUCGAGUGGUCGGCGCUGCCUCGGGCUCUGCCACUGGGCGACCGGCUAUUCCUUCUGGAUCUGCUCUUCCCGUCCGUGAAGAGUAUGACGGUGCUGCUUCAGCUUCUGGUGCGAGUCUUGGACUUGUUGCCUUGGCGGUUUCUGCCAUCUCUCUCCUCGUCGCUGCUUAA